AUUACUAUUCUGCACCACCUAAAAUUCAAAUGAAACACGUUCUGUGACCUGCAUGGACUUAUGAGGCAAAUGGCAUGUGUUGUAUCACUUUCAGUGCAAAAUUGCACAAUAAAUAUUGCUACAUAAGAUAUUCACAAAAGACCUUCAAAGGCCUUUCAGACAUGUCUGGAAAUACAAGUCCUUUUUCAUUGCACCUGUAUGUAAGGCAUGACCUCUCAGAUAUUUAAAAAAUGAUCAAUAUUUCCUGAACAUACACAGAGGAAUGUAGGAACAAAUCAGGACUUCCGACUAUAAUAAUAUACUAUAAUAAAAAUAAAUUAAUGACACCCUGUUUAGACAUCAUUAACAUCACUAGAUCUAAAGGCUCAACAGUAAACAAAGAGCCCCUGUUGAAGCUUAUAAAACACGCCACAACAGUUUUAUUAAAAUGGAGCCAGUAGAAUGAUCCUACGUGUAAAUAUCACUGAAACUGCUGCAUUUAAGUCUCACACUAUAUGUUCCCAACAGUGAAGACAAGUCUGGAAUUGAAUAUUGUUUUGAGUGGUAUUGAGGAUUCUUUUUUUUUUUUUUUUGUAGCUGAAGGGUUUAUGAAAUAAUAAAAUAUGUAGAGAUUGGAAUUGGGUGUUGCUGAGACUGCUUAUUGAACUGCAGAAGUUUCACUGUCUGCUAGACUGACUGAAUUGCUAACAUUCUUAUCUGUUUGUCUGCACAGAGCCUGUCUGUCUGAAAGUGUGAAGUGUCCAGAUCAUCAAGAAGAAUGAAUAUGAAUGAGAAAGAGGUUGCUUUGUGGUCUGAGGGAGGGCUAAAUGUCACUCUCACCAUCCGCCUACUAAUGCAUGGAAAAGAAGUGGGCAGUAUCAUUGGGAAGAAAGGGGAAACUGUCAAGAAAAUGAGAGAAGAGAGUGGAGCACGCAUUAAUAUCUCUGAUGGCUCCAGCACAGAACGAAUCGUCACCAUCACUGGUGCCUCUGAGGUCAUCUUCAAAGCUUUUGCCAUGAUUGCGGAGAAGUUUGAUGAGGAUAUACUGGCCUGCAUGGUGAACAGUACAGUGUCAAGCAGACCUCCUGUCACGCUACGCCUUGUGUUCCCUGCCAGUCAGUGUGGCUCUCUCAUCGGCAAAGGAGGCUCCAAAAUCAAAGAGAUCAGAGAGACCACAGGUGCACAGGUGCAGGUAGCUGGAGACUUAUUACCGGAGUCUACUGAGAGAGCAGUGACCAUCUCUGGCACUCCCAAUGCCAUCACACAAUGUGUGAGACACAUCUGCAUGAUCAUGCUGGAGUCACCGCCUAAAGGAGCAACAAUUCCUUAUCGGCCCAAGCCAUCCUCUGGUGGCAAUCCCACAGUUUUAUCCCAACCACAUACAGCUCCUACUUUUGCUGUUCCAGCACAGUACACUAUUCCUCCCCAAGACUUGACCAAGCUUCACCAGUUGGCUAUGCAGCAUAUCCCCUUUACCUCCCUUGGGCAGAGCAACCCUACUUUCCCUGGUCUGGAUAUGUCGGUUUCUCCAAGUUCUUAUGAGCUGAGCAUACCUAAUGAGCUCAUAGGCUGCAUUAUUGGCAGACAAGGCACUAAGAUCAAUGAAAUUCGCCAGAUGUCUGGAGCCCAAAUCAAGAUAGCCAGUGCCACAGAUGGCUCAGCAGUACGUCAUGUCACCAUUACUGGCUCCCCAGCAAGCAUCUGCCUGGCCCAAUACCUCAUCAGUGCCAGUUUAGAGGUGGCUAAACUCAGCAUCCAGGCUGCCUCCUCUUCCUCCAGUACUACUGUUGACCUCGGCCUGAGUUUCUCCCAGUCUGCCUCUCCUGCCUCUGCCUCUGCGGCCAUGCUGGCUGCUCCCUCGGCCAUUAACGUCCACUCACCCCCGGCCAUGCACUCGAUCCCUACUACCCACUAUGCUCUUCCAGUCUCCAGCCUGCUUGGCAUGAAAACUGUGCCUCUGCUGACUGUGCACACCGCUGCCUCGCCGGGCCUCGCUCCCUACACCACAAAAAUCCCUGCCUCAGCCUCCAUAAAAAAAUCAGAGCAUCAGAGGUUCACCCCCUACUGAGCAACACUGGCAAUCUUUCAUUUACUUACUAUGUUUUCUGGUUUUGGGGCAUCUUUGACAACUUUGAAGAUGUUGUCCUUUUUUGUAUAUUUCUGUACAAUAUUAUGCAAAUGAAAUGAAAUGCAUCUCAUGUCAUCCUGCAUUUCCUUUGGCAUUUCAUUUAGAAAUGUUUCAGAUAGUGAUAUCAAGCCAUAUUUUUCUGACACUCCAUUCACCCCUUUUUUAUAACCAUAACUACUGUGAUUGCACUUACAGAAUGUUGAUUUUGAAACCUUGCUCAAACUUAUUAAGGUAGUCAAUUACAUGCAAUUAUUGUACAUGCAUAUACAUGAUCUUGAAAAUAUCUUUUUUUUUAUUAAGUACAAAUCCUUUGUUUUUACUUAGUCUCAAAUAGUCACAUUGAGUCUCUGUUACUGAAUAUAUCACCUGUGCUAGCUGCUUAAAAGCAGGAAAUUGACAUGUUAUUUAAUUUAGGACAAAAAUACAAAUAUUAAUCCCAUAUAGCAUACAACUAUGCAAAAUAUUUAAGGUUAUAGUGACAUGAGGAAAUGAGCUACAUGUAUGUAAAUGACAAUGUAUUAUGGUUAUUUGUGAUUUUAUUGUUUAUUUUAUUGAUGUUUCUAUUGUUUCCGGUUAACUGUAACCAUGUACAAGUUUAAUUUUUCACUAAGCUUGAAAUGGAGCAGAGGUGGUAUGCAUCCCUGGCAGAAAAUGGGUUAUAUUUGUGUCAUAGGUAUUAUGAACCGUAGUAAUUGCUAUAGUCCUUUGGCCCUGAUGGUGUACUCCUUUCCAAGGCUUUAUGUAGUCGAAGCUGGCCUGGGGUCUCUUUAGUCAUGCUGACAUGCUGCAGUCUCUCAUUUUCCCCCUGGAUUAUUGCCAUAUGGUAUUCUUGAGUUCUCGGUAUUAUUCAUUAGUCACAGGUUUGAUUAUAUGCAAAUUGACAACAUGUAAUGUUUACUAAAGAAAAAAUAUAAACUUUACUAAACUUUA